AUGUCGGACAACAAGAUCUCACCACACUCUCUCAACGACCUCAAGAACACCACCGACGACUGCUUGGCCAACUACCUCCGCUCAUUAUCCUUCGUGCAGGACAACAGCAAGCUCGACGUCCGCCUCGCCGUUGGCUAUGUCGCUGUCAUCAUCGCCACUAUCACGUUUGUAGCAGACUACAAACUGGGAUGGGAGGCAACCAAACUCGGCACAGCGUUUGCCGUGGUCGCGUAUGCCAUCCUCAAUGGGGUGUAUACCUACUGGAUGUGGAUGGUGGAGAAGGGUCUUGUCUUUGAAGGAACGAAAGGCAGCAAGAGGGUGUCGAUUGCGAGCAAGACCAAGAAGCACGAUCCGACAUACUAUCUUACGGUCACUACGUCAAGCUCAACGAACCCACUCGAGAUCCAAUGUCCGUUCACGACAUGGUUUACAUCGGAUGGCUACUUUGUCGCCCAGCCUUUCCAGCAGUGGCUGGCCACGAGUGUAGGUGUGAUUGGUGAGGCCGACCAGAAGAAUGCUGCGAAGAAUGAGAAAGAAGAUCUGUUCGUCUCCGAGGCCGAGCUCAACGGGACGCCGUCAGCUUCUGGUGCAGAUAGUGGGAAGGGCAAAGGCACGAAGAGAGGGAAGAAGAAGAGCUAG